AUGGGUGACAUAGUGAAACAAAUAUUAGCAAAACCGAUCCAGUUAGCAGACCAAGUAACAAAAGCCGCAGAUGAAGCAAGUUCCUUCAAGCAAGAAUGCGGAGAACUCAAAUCCAAAACGGAGAAGCUCGCCGCUCUUCUCCGGCAAGCAGCAAGAGCGAGCUCCGAUCUAUACGAACGUCCUACGAAACGGAUCAUCGAAGAAACCGAACAGGUACUCGACAAAGCACUUUCCUUAGUCCUAAAAUGUCGUGCCAAUGGUAUUAUGAAACGUGUCUUCACCAUCAUCCCCGCAGCCGCUUUCCGUAAAACAUCCUCCCACUUGGAAAACUCCAUCGGUGAUGUUUCUUGGCUCCUCCGUGUCUCCGCCCCUGCUGAUGACCGUGGUGGCGAGUAUCUCGGACUUCCUCCGAUUGCUGCCAACGAGCCUAUUCUCUGUUUCAUUUGGGAACAGAUCGCUAUACUUUAUACCGGUUCACAAGAAGAUCGCUCCGACGCGGCGGCUUCGCUCGUGUCGCUGGCGCGUGGGAGUGAUCGUUACGGGAAGCUUAUAAUUGAAGAAGGUGGGGUGGGGCCACUUUUGAAGCUGAUCAAGGAAGGGAAAAUGGAUGGUCAAGAGAAUGCUGCUAGAGCUAUUGGUCUUCUUGGUCGUGAUGCAGAAUGCGUUGAACAUAUGAUUCAUGCCGGUGUUUGUUCCGUGUUUGCGAAAAUUCUUAAAGAAGGUCCUAUGAAAGUUCAAGGUGUUGUUGCUUGGGCUGUUUCUGAACUUGUUGCUAAUUAUCCUAAAUGUCAGGAUCUUUUUGCGCAGCAUAAUAUUAUAAGGUUGCUGGUUGGUCAUCUUGCUUUUGAAACGGUUGAAGAACAUAGUAAAUAUGCUGUUGUUAGCAUGAAAGCGACUUCCAUUCAUGCUGCUGUUGUUAUGGCUAAUAAUAAUAAUAAUUCUAGUUCCAAUCUUAAUCCAAAGAAGGGGAAUGCAAAUGGAGAUGAUGGUGUUGGUGGCGGAAACGGAAACAACAAACAAGGUCGCGUGUCGCAUCAUCCGUUGGGGGAAAGACCUAGAAAUCUGCAUAGAGUGAUCACAAGCACUAUGGCAAAACAUGCUGCUUCCAAGCCUACUCAAGGAGAUGAAGCAAAUCAAAAUCAGAACUUUUUGUCAAAUUCCAAUCCUCCUAAUGGAAAUGGACUUGGUAAUGGUAAUGGUAAUGGUAAGCAAGGAGGUCAUAAUAAUCACCAGAGAAACUAUUCGCAUUCCGGAAUUAACAUGAAGGGAAGGGAAUUUGAAGACGCAGAGACUAAGGCUAGUAUGAAGGAAAUGGCAGCAAGAGCUCUUUGGCAUUUGGCUAAGGAUAAUGUGGUGAUUUGUCGCAGCAUAACAGAAUCAAGGGCUUUGCUUUGUUUUGCUGUUUUACUUGAGAAAGGACCGGAGGCUGUGCAGUACAAUUCAGCGAUGGCGUUGAUGGAGAUUACUGCGGUUGCUGAGAAAGAUGCUGAAUUGAGGAAAUCAGCAUUUAAGCCUAAUUCUCCUGCCUGCAAAGCAGUUGUUGAUCAAGUGCUUAAGAUAAUCGAGAAAGCAGAUUCGGAUCUCCUCAUUCCUUGCGUCAAGGCGAUUGGGAACUUGGCAAGAACAUUCAAGGCUACUGAGACAAGGAUGAUCGGUCCGUUGGUGAAACUUCUUGACGAAGGAGAGGCAGAGGUUUCCAGGGAGGCGGCAAUUGCGCUCAGGAAAUUUGCCGGAAGUGAAAACUACCUUCAUGUUGAUCACUCCAAGGCAAUUAUUAGCGCAGGCGGCGCAAAACAUUUGAUUCAGCUUGUUUAUUUCGGAGAACAUCAGGUUCCAGCAUUGGUUCUGCUCUCCUACAUUGCAUUGCACGUGCCGGAUAGCGAAGAACUCGCUCUUGCUGAGGUUCUUGGAGUGCUUGAAUGGGCAUCCAAGCAAUCUUUCAUGCAACAUGAGGAAACCCUUGAGGCAUUGUUGCAAGAAGCCAAGAGUAGGUUGGAGCUUUAUCAAUCUAGAGGCUCAAGAGGAUUCCAUCAUAAAUUGCAUCAGUAG